GCCAUUCAAAACAAACCAUGGCGGUAAAAAUGGACGCGCAAGAUGUAAGAAAAUCGCUCGCCGGUGAGACAAACGAAGAAUUCCGAGUGCGGCUGACGUCUAAAAAAGAAACUAUCGAACAGAUAAAUCAGUACAAAGCGAUUUUAAACAAAGCACUGGACGGACAAACGGGAAUUCCGGAGAAAACGAAGCGACUUUUACUUGAGCAGCUGCUGACGGACUUUGAGGCUGCCGUUCAAGCAAACGUGUUGGUGAAUGGACAGACGUGGGACGAUGCCCCAAAUGACGAUGAUGAGGACAAGUUGGCCCACCUGGAGAAGACGCUGGACGAUGCCAUCAUGGAGACGGUGUAUAAGCGACGCGCAUUCCCCCCGCAAAUCCUGCGCUCGGCGUUGCGCUCCCUCAAAGCGGAGAGGCAACUUCUGGACUGUUAUGAAAAACCAGUCAAACCUCAACAGAUGCUCACAGAUCCUCAGACAGAAAACUUGAUGAAGGACCUGUCAGAUCGGACAUCUGGACUGGCAAAGCACACCACGCAAGUCAUCAAGUCCAUCUACAUGCUGGAGAAUCAGGCCAAACUCUUACACGAGGUGAUCAACACGAAACCCAAUCAGGCGUCGGAAGAAGUGCAUCGAGAUGUGUUUGGCAGCAGCCAAACAGCAGAAGCUCCGCCUCGCCCACCGAACCCGACCCAGAGCGGCGAGAUGCGGAAGCAGCAGUCGACCCGACGAGACGCGGAUGACGCUGUCACCUCGGCGGGAUACGUGGGAAAAAAGUAAAAUAAGAAACAGAUAUUUCAACACAAAAAAACAUGAUUUCCUACACUUCCCACCCACCAAAAAUGUCACCUUUUCAACCAAACCUUUCCUCCUUUUGACCCAAUAUUCCCAUAUUAUGACAUAUUCUACAUUAUUCCCUCCUCAUUCAACAUUUCUCGACCGAUUGACACCAUUGGAAUAUUCAGCUCACUUCACUUCAUUCAAUAUCGUUUCACAUUAUUGUACAUCAUUCCAUGUAAUUCGACAUGAUUCAAUAGCAUUCCACAGGGUUUCAACCAGCAUUUCACCAUUCACACGCAAUUUCUCCAGGAAUUGCACAGGCUAGCUGUAUGUUGAACUCUGUGUACAUUUAAUAAACACAGUGACCGAGCCAUCAAUUUUGUCUUGACUGAA